GUAAACGUGUGUGUCUUGGGGAGCAGCUGGCCAGGAUGGAGUUAUUCCUGUUUUUCACCUCCCUGCUGCAGAGGCUUUCAGUGUCUGCACCUGCUGGAGAGAAACCCAGUCUGGACUUCAUUUUGGGAGCCACACGCUGUCCCAAACCUUAUCGUCUGUGUGCUGUGCCACGAUGUAGAAGCAGUAUUAAUUCUCUGAGUACUGUUGAACCACAACAUCUGCCUGCUGUCUUUGUUCAGUUUGCAAAGAAAUAUGGAAACAUUUUCACCAUCAGAAUCUUUGGUGGAAGAACCGUGGUCAUUAAUAGCUACAAGUUUGUGAAAGAAGCCCUGGUCCAGCAAGGAGACGACUUCAUAGAUCGACCCACCAUACCAGUGUUUGAAGAAUUAUUUGGCAAUGAAGGUCUCGCGAUAGCAAAUGGUUAUCCAUGGAAGCAGCAGAGGAGAUUUGCUCUUCAUACACUCAGAAACUUUGGUCUUGGCAAGAAGACCCUGGAGUUAUACAUCCAGCAGGAGUGCCAGUAUCUCUCAGAGGCUUUCACAGAACACCAAGGCAUGAAAAAAACAUCUAUGCUUUUUUCCGAAGAGUCCAAAGAUCACCACCUUUCUCUGCGAUAGAACUGAAGUUAUGAGGCUUAUUGCCACCAUUCAGUAGAGUUUACCUACUGUUACGACAUGGGUACUUGUCCCCCAUGUGUCAGGGGGCUUUGUCUGUGACCCAGCAUUUUGAGGUCUAAGUUCUUUUGUGAAUUCAAUGUGUUUUGGAAAGUUUUAGUUUUCUCUUAUUUAGUAGUUCUAUGCUUUGGCUGUAUGUUUUGUCAUAUUUAUUCCCAUGUUGUCUGGGCAAGGUGUCUCAUCUCCCCAUCCUGUUUACAUGCCUCCUCAUGUUCUGUUCCAUGUCUCCCCUCUCUGUUAUGUUUGUCCAUGUAUGUUUCUUCAGCCCAACAUGUCUCGUUCCCUCUUGCUGUAUCCCCUGUGUUCAA